CAUCCAUUAGAGUCAGACGUGGUGAUACUGGGAUCUAUCAAUCCUGACCCAGGCUGGGAGGCCGAGACCCGGCAGCGAAAGGUGUUGGGGGGAACCCAGCUGUCUGCAGGGCUGCACGCCCCGUGUCACUUUGGCUCCUUAUCUGAGACCACGAGCCAAGAUCCCGAACGGUCCAACGAUGACCUAUUCACAUCGGUACGGAGAAGGAUGCAGAACCCUGAUUGGUCUGGAUUGCUUUGCCAAGAGAGCAUUGCCUCUCUAAGGCCUUGUGGCUGAUGAUGCCUUUUUUUUCAUAACUGCUUUCGGUAGAUUAUUUACAGGAGGUGACAGAGUCGAGUCUCGAAUUGGAAAUAGGGGAAUUGAAGUCCGAGGCUCCACUGGCCUUUCUGGACUUCAGACUGGAAAUUUGCAGUAAGGCCUGGUUGGUCCUUCUAAACGCAGAGAGGAGGAAAGAAUAAGGCUGUGGAGCGGUUGCAGAAUGAACUACUCAAGUGACAUAAUGAUCUUGAAAACAGCAAGAAAGGAACUGUGUCUGUUGAAGUGUAUAGAAAGUGGAAACAGAUGCACCUUUGCAGCAUGAAAUAUCUUAAUUAUUGCCUGUUCUUGAAGAGAUUCCAUUGUUCCAUUGACCUUUGCUGCCAUUGAGGCCUGUGGAGUUGAGUUAUGUCAACAUCGGCCUUAAUUACUUUGGUUAGAAGUGGUGGGAACCAGGUGAGAAGAAGAGUGCUGCUGAGCUCCCGCCUGUUGCAGGAGGACAGGCGUGUGUCACCCCCCUGCCACAGCUCCACUUCAGAGCCUAGGUGUUCUCGGUUUGACCCUGACGGUAGUGGACGGCCAGCCACCUGGGACAGUUUUGGAAUCUGGGAUAACCGUAUUGAUGAGCCAAUUCUGCUGCCACCCAGUAUUAAGUAUGGCAAGCCAAUUCCCAAAAUCAGCUUGGAAAAUGUGGGCAGCUCUUCCCAUAUUGGCAAACGGAAAGAGAAUGAAGAUCGGUUUGACUUUGCUCAGCUAACAGAGGAGAUCCUGUACUUUGCAGUGUAUGAUGGACAUGGGGGACCUGCAGCGGCUGAUUUCUGUCACACCCACAUGGAGAAAUGUAUUGUGGAUUUUCUCCCUAAGGAGAAGAACUUGGAAACUGUGUUGACCUUGUCUUUUCUAGAAAUAGAUAAAGCCUUUGCAAGCCAUGCCCAUCUGUCUGCUGAUGCAACCCUUCUGACCUCUGGGACUACUGCCACAGUAGCCCUGUUGCGAGAUGGUAUUGAACUGGUUGUAGCCAGUGUUGGGGACAGCCGGGCUAUCUUGUGUAGAAAAGGGAAACCCAUGAAGCUGACCAUUGACCAUACUCCAGAAAGAAAAGAUGAAAAAGAAAGGAUCAAGAAAUGUGGUGGUUUUGUUGCUUGGAAUAGUGUGGGACAGCCUCACGUAAAUGGCAGACUUGCAAUGACAAGGAGUAUUGGUGAUUUGGAUCUUAAAGCCAGUGGUGUGAUAGCAGAACCUGAAACAAAGAGAAUUAAGCUCCAGCAUGCUGAUGACAGCUUCCUGGUCCUCACCACAGAUGGAAUUAACUUCAUGGUGAAUAGUCAAGAGAUUUGUGACUUUGUCAAUCAGUGUCACGAUCCUAAUGAAGCUGCCCAUGCAGUGACUGAACAGGCCAUACAGUAUGGUACUGAAGAUAACAGUACAGCAGUAGUAGUGCCUUUUGGUGCCUGGGGAAAAUACAAGAACUCUGAAAUCAACUUCUCAUUCAGCAGAAGCUUCGCCUCCAGUGGACGUUGGGCCUGAUCGCUUCCUUGGACUUUGAGUUUCUGUGCAAUAUUGUUUUGCUGAGCGUGUCAAGAAACUGAUAAGAUAAAAAAAUAUUACCUAUAGCAGUGAGUCGCUAGAUCAAUACACAAGUCUGAGUAAACUUAAUAACCAUUUAUAUAUAGGUAUUUUCAUAAAUACCCAUCACAUUUAUGUUCACCUGUUCAUGCUUAGUAUAAAAAUAUGUGUAAUUAAGCUAGUGUGAGUCUCUAAGUUGAGUGGGCAAAUGAGAAGUGGUUUUGGUGUACUUGAUAAGUGUUAUAGGUUUUUUUGUUUUGGUUUUGGUUCUGGGGAUUGAACCCCAGGGUGCUUUACCACUGAGCUACAUCCCUAGCCCUUUUAAUUUUUUCUUUUAAGACAGGGUCUUGCUAAGUUGCUAGGGGUCUCACUAAAUUGCUGAGAGCCUCCCAAGAUGUUGGAAUGACAGGUAUGGGCCACCGUGCUAGGCUUGAUGAGUGGAACAUUUCUCUGUGUUUGUGCGUUUAUGGUACUGGGGAUCAAACCCAGGACUUUGCACAUAAAUUUCUAAUUUUUACCUCUUAGGCAGCUAUGGUUUCUUUUCAUCUUUUUUUGUUCUUUACUCAUUUGAACAGGUUCUUAAAGUUUUUCUAUAUUUUCACAGCUCUUCAAGGUGUUCUGCAACUUUUUUUCUUUCUUUUCUUUCUUUUUUUUUAAAUAGAGAUGGGCUCUUUCUGUGUUGCCCAAGCUGGCUCUGAACUUCUGGGCUCAAGUAUUCGUCCUGCCUCAAUUUCCUGUGUAUCUGGGACUUUAGGGGCACACCACUACAAGGGCAUACCACUAUGGCUCACUUACUAGUGUUUAUUUUUAAUAAUAAUAUCAAAGAGCACAGGUAAAAACUGGGUUCUUUGUUACCACAUUUUUUUAUUCUGGACCACUGGUAUGUAGAUUUAACCAUGCAAAAGAAAUCCAUUUAGGUGACCUCACUAAAUUCUAAUACAUUUUUCUCAUAUUUUUUAUUGGUGCAUUAUAAUUACUAAAUUGUAUACAUAUUUAUAAACAUAUACUUCUAUCUUUCAACUAUCAACAGCUCUCUCCCCAUUCAUUCCUAUUUUUAUGUAGUUAUUAAUGUUAUAUAGAUGUGAGUAUUCCUGGGUUUUGGUGGGUAGCUCAGUAAUAUUGCAUGUGCUUUUGAGAGACCCUGGGUUCAAUCCCUGGUACCCCCCCUAAAAGAAAAAAGGAAAAAAAAAGAGCACUCAGAUGUGACUAUUAUUUAAUAUCAGAAAAGAAUGCACAGGCUUAGGAUAUUUUGGUCAAAACAACACAAAGUUAAAUACUGACAAACUGACAGUAUCGAAUAUUUUUUAUGAAGUUUCCAUUGGUUAUCUCUAACUUUAUGGUUUUUGUUUUGAAUAUAGUAUGUAUCUUUUUUUAUAGAGUCAACAAGUUGGAUAUUUUGUUAGUGAAAAUAAUACCACAUUGACUGAUAUUACUAUUACACACAUAGCUUGAGGUUUAUGUUUCUGUUUUCCUCAUUUCUAAGACUUAAGAGAAAUAAUAAAUCUAAAACAGACAUAUAUUAAAGCAUUCUGUAUUUCAUCUUGCUAUGUGAUUUAGAAUGUAACACUAUGCUUUAUAUCUGCAUGUGAGUUUGCUGUUAAGCUGUGAAUCUCCCUGUGUACUUGGAAUAACAUCUGCAGUGUGUGUUUGCAGACUUUGUGAAUUGGUUAUAUGUGUGUUGUGUGUAUAUAUGUAUAUUUUGAAGUAAUAUGAAAUGAAAGGGAACAAUCUUUCAUAGCUCCUUCAACAGUUAGGUUUAAAUUAUCCAUACCUUUACCCCUAAGGAUGAUGGGAAAACUGAGCAUAGCUCUUCGAUAGUGGAGAAUCAGUGGUGAGCACACAGAUUAAGAAUGACUGUAGGAGGCACUUUAUUUUGGGUAAUUUAUCUGGAGAACCAGGAGCAGAGCCAGCAUGUUGAAGCUACAUUGUUAUGUGGUAAUUUGAAUCUAAAAAUAAAGGAUGUGAGAAAAAUACUGAGAAUUAAGAAUGACAUGGAAUUUUGUGGUAGAAAUUUAAAAAAAAAAAGAUAUGAAAAAAAUUCAAUGUAGUGUGUAUCUUCAACUUUUAGUUUUCAAGGUUGAUUUUUUUUCUUUCUUUUAGCUUUGUUUAAUGGAUUAUUUAGAAGGAAGAGGAUUCAAUAUAAAUACUUACAUCUUCUCAACUUUGGGGAAAUGGAAUAAAAUAAAUCUUGUUUUCCUGCCUGAUAUAAUUAGGAAUUGUCCUUUGGGGAAAAAAAUGCUAAAUAAAUAUUUCAGGUAUUUUUUAAGGUAAUAAGGUGAAAAGAGGAAAAAUAUUACAGGAAAGAAUGUAGUCUGCUGCUUGUAGUCUGAAAGGUGGGACACCAAAGAGACUCUAAAAGGUGGGAAAUUUCUUUCUCUUUCUGAUUCAGACCAUGGAACAGAAAUUUGGAAGCUACAUUCAGGAGCAUGGAGAAUUUCCAAACUCACAGGCAAAGUAGAACUCUGAAGCACAACAAUGACAUUCUAAAGAUGCACAUUUCAUUUUUGUUUUCAAUUAUUCACAUGACUAUUUCUCUCUUUUACUCAGUGGUAUUUUCAAGUUCAAAGUUCUAAGUGUCAUUAAUGGAGUGAGGUGAGUUGCUACGUUUAACCAAGAAGAAUUUGUAGCAAGGUGGUAUUGGGUACACUUGACUCUGUUUCACCUGGAAAAGUUUCAAAACCCUAAGUCAACCUUGAAUAAGCAUAAAACAUAUGCUUAAGAGUAUAAUGUAAUAUGUUGAUUAUCAUAAUCCAUAAAAGAUAAGCAUAAAUGUAUUAGGCCUCUAAGUCUGCUAAUGGAAAUUAUGCAAAUAGAAGGAAAAAAAAAACCAGACACUUCUAAUAUAGUUUUUAGUUAUAACUGAAUUUGCCAUAUAGGUAUAGACAUGGUGUAAAUUAUAUAACAUCAAUUAUUUUUAUGUUUGCCUUUCAUUUAUGAGUAGGAUAUAAAUCAUCUUUCUACAUUGUCCAACUACUUGCCAAAUAAGGUGAAAUAUUCUUAAAAUCAUUGUGACCUUUUACGAGUGUAAGUUCUCCAGUGUUUAUAUAUUCAGUAAUAAAUACAAUCAGGCCUGUAUUGAUGCAGGACUGUAAUCCCAGUGACUUGAGAGGCUGAAGCAGGAGGUUCACAAGUUGAAGGCCAGCCUGGGCAACUUAGUAAGACCCUGUCUCAAAAUAAGAAGGACCGGUGAGGUGGCUCAGAGGUAGAGUACUUGCAUAGCAUGCAUGAGGCCCUGUGUUCAAUCCUUAAUACCACCAAAAUACAAAAACCCCAAACCUCCUGCUCUCUAUCAAUUGUUCAUUUGAUAGAGAUCUUAGUGUUUCUUAAGUGCUUCAAAGUCUUUUCUACUUUUCUGGAAAAAAACAGCCAUUUGGGAGGGAUCAGUUUUGAUUCUUUGUACUUUAUGAAGUGAUUUUUCCCUGAGUUCCAACAUUAAAAAGAUCACUUUGAAGAAUUAGUAGCAUACACUUUAAAAUAUAGAAAUUAUUUUAUAAAAUGAAAUGUAAUUUUUUUUUAGAAUGUUACUAGAAAAUUGGGUAGGUCUAUGCUAACUCUCAAAAACUGGACAAAACAUUUAGUUUCUAAGAAUGGGAAUAGAUUUAAUGUCAUGGUAACAGGACAGUAAGAAAAUGCUUUAAGGUGGGGGUUGAGGGAGUUGAAGUGUAGCAUUAAACUGUUAAGCAGAGACAGGUGUUGUAUUUUCCUUUAGCUUCUCAAGGGGUCUCACAUACCUGUGGCUGUAAAAUGCCACAUGAGUUUGGGUUGGGUUGUAUUGAUUGUAUUUCUCAGAGACCCUUAUAUGGAUAACUUAAGCAGAAAUUAAAACUCAUGUCUUUACAAGGUGACUGUACCAAAUGGUGAUGGCUUGACUUUUGCUUUUGGCAUCUGGGAUGAGACCAAUUGACUCUCUGGCAGCUCCCAUUGAUUAUUAGAUGGUUGAAAUGGUGCAUUGGUGGUGGUGCUCUGUGUUCUGGGCUGGGCGAGUAUGGAGGUAUUCCACCUGUCAGAAUGACUCAUCUCCAUUGGAUUCCAGUGCAGAGUCUUGCAGCCUGUUGUCCCAAAUUAAUUCUCUAUAGAAGUGCUCUUGUGUUUUAUAAUUUGCCGAAGUACUACUUGGUGUAUAGUGCCUCCUGAAGUGAGCUGAGUAGAUGCUGCUUAGACUGUUUUAACUAUAAGUUAGAGUGACUGUGAACAAGCGGAAAUCACAUAUUUUGUUGUUGAAAUAUUCUAAUAAAACACAUGCAUCAAAGACUUUUAAAA